AAGAGGCCAGAGCCGUGAUUGCAGGUUGGACAGAGCUGAUCGGCAGCCAGUUUGUCGACGUCGCUGGCGGCCUCUCAGUCGUGCUUCGUAUCGCCGGGCUGCCAAAAUGAUCUCUCCCCUCCAUCGUCGUCAGUUUCGCUGUGCAGCCAUGGCCAAAUCCAGCCCGAGCAAGACAGUCGUCUCACGGCCUGGACAGCAUGCUGCCAAGGUGAGAUCUGCAUACGCCCGGCCGCUGUUGUGGAUUGAAGGUAUUCGCUUCAUCGGCGGAGAUGGGAGCCUUGGCGGAGAUAUGCAGCGUCGCUCAUCUUGGCUGGAAAUUCAGGGUCGUCCAGAGACCGCCAAACCGCCCCACAGUCCGUCGAAGCCUGGUGCCAUCGCCAAAACCAUCAACAAACUCGAAAGGGUCCAGAACAGGUCCAUCGAGAAGGCGUAUGCGUACAGCUCCUCGCACGAUUUUGGGACCAAUGUGAGGGCGCUGAAGCAGCAAUUCGAAAGCCGGACGAGCGAAAAGGUUGUCUCUCCGACUCUGGGAAAGGCCGCUGGCGCUUCCCUCAAACGGCCAGCGUCGCCCGUGCGAGCCCACAAGAUCCCCAAACCAGCCAUCCGAGCACCUUCUCCAGCACGAUCUACAGCAGUUGCUGCAUCCCAAACGGCCGCGCUCCCGACGACUCCGUCCAAAUCAACUGCAUCCCAAACCACUGAUUCGGGAUGCUCGCCUGGCGUCGACAAGCAGAUACAGCCGCCCGAGGUCGCCAAGGACAACAGGAAGUCCAGAAAGCACGCCAAACUUCUCGCCAAACAAGACAACCAGCCAUCGUCGACCUUUCUCGAGUGGAUUAUAUCGAAGGUCAUCGGAUAAACUCCGGCCUCUUCCAUCGGAGACGAUGCGCAAUAAUACACAACGUCUGUCGCUGCCUUCAUUAUUCGCUCCAUCUGAUCUGGUGGCAUUCGGUCGCGCCAUGGAUUCUCGAACCCACUCCUCAGACAAAUCACCCAGUUUUUCUCUCGCUUUCAUUCAUCGGAUACACUUCUU